AUGGCCGACAGCCAGUACCUGAAGAAGGUAAUGAAUGACCUGUCCGAUAUGCAGGUUUGGUCCAUUGGCGGCAUCGUUGGCGGCGAGGUUGGAGACUUUGGCGUUGCCAGCCUGUGUUUGAAUGACAAAGACGGCGAAAAAGCGAGAGGCACAAUCUAG